UUUGCAUCAGUCAGAACCCAAUUCCGUAGCUUUAAGCGACUUCUGAUGUUACGUAAAUAUCUCAUAUCCUUUUGGAUUUUGUUUUAAAUUGAUUCGCAAGGGGAUAUUUUCUGGUAAAGAUGGGAGUACCAAAAUUUUACCGAUGGAUUUCGGAACGAUAUCCUUGUCUCAGUGAAAUUGUCAACGAACGUCAGAUCCCUGAGUUUGACAACCUCUAUCUUGACAUGAAUGGGAUCAUCCACCAGUGUUCCCACCCCAAUGAUGAAGAUGUCCACUUUCGCAUCUCUGAGGAGAAGAUUUUUGCAGAUAUCUUCCAUUACCUGGAGGUGCUCUUCAGGAUUAUUAAGCCACGCAAAGUCUUCUUCAUGGCUGUGGAUGGGGUGGCACCAAGGGCAAAGAUGAAUCAGCAAAGAGGAAGGAGAUUCAGGUCAGCCAAGGAAGCAGAGGAGAAGAUAAAGAAAGCUUUGGAAAAAGGAGAGGUCCUUCCCAUGGAGGCUCGCUUUGACUCCAACUGCAUAACUCCUGGUACUGACUUCAUGGCAAGACUCCAGGAGCAGCUGAAGUAUUUUGUCCACAAUAAGAUUUCGACUGACAGAACAUGGCAGGGCGUCAGAGUCUACUUGUCUGGUCACGAGACGCCAGGGGAGGGAGAACAUAAGAUCAUGGAGUUCAUUCGCUCUGAGAUUGCCACGGCAGGUCAUGACCCCAAUACCCGCCACUGCCUCUAUGGGCUGGAUGCCGACCUGAUCAUGUUAGGUCUGACUAGCCAUGAGCCAAAUUUUUCCCUGCUCAGAGAGGAGGUCCGCUUUGGAGGGAAGAAAUCUCAAAAGAGGAUAACCGCACCAGAGGAGACAACCUUCCAUUUGUUGCAUCUUUCUCUAAUGAGGGAGUACAUCGACUAUGAGUUCUCAGCACUCCGGAAUCAGAAAGGUUUGGAUUAUGACCUGGAGCGAAUUAUAGAUGACUGGAUUCUAAUGGGCUUCCUGGUUGGGAACGAUUUCAUUCCUCACCUCCCUAAUCUUCACAUCAAUCAUGAUGCCCUGCCGCUGCUGUACAAGAUCUAUAUCAAUGUAAUUCCUACACUGGGAGGCUACCUGAAUGAGAAUGGCCAUCUGAACCUGCACAACUUUGGGAAGUACUUGGAGAAACUGUCUGAGUUUGACAGAGAACACUUCAAUGAGGUAUUUGUGGACCUGAAGUGGUUUGAGAGUCGAGUUGGGAACAAAUAUCUGAAUGAAGCUGCUGGAUUGGCUGCAGAGAAGGAGGCUAUCACUAAGGACAACAAGAAGAGGGAGGAGUCCGUCCUCUGUUUGGCAGGCCUGGCCUCGUCAGACAAUGAGAUGGGGGGAGGGAAAGGAGGAGUGGUGGAGGAAGAGGAAGAGGAGGAUGAUAUAUUUGAAACAGAGUUCAGACAGUAUAAGCGCAUGUAUUACAUGACCAAGAUGGGCGUGGAUGUGGUGUCAGAUGAGUUCCUAGCCAACCAGGCUAAGUGUUAUGUGGAAGGAAUCCAGUGGAUUCUCCAUUACUACUACCAUGGAGUCCAAUCGUGGAGCUGGUACUAUCCCUACCAUUAUGCUCCAUUCCUCUCUGACAUUAGGAACAUCUCUGGGUUAAAACUGACCUUUGGCCUUGGAAAGCCUUUCAUGCCCUUUGAGCAGCUGUUGGCAGUUCUGCCUUCUGCCAGCAAGGAACUGUUGCCAGAUUGUUACAGGCAUCUGAUGACCAGUCCAAGUUCAUCCAUCAUUGAGUACUACCCUGUUGAUUUUAAAACGGACCUCAACGGCAAGCAGCAAGAAUGGGAGGCUGUGGUGCUUAUUCCUUUUAUAGAUGAGAGGUGCUUGCUGGCAGCCAUGGAGCCCUACACUGAUAAGAUGACCAAAGCAGAAAAGGCCAGGAACUGUCAUACAGAAUGUUCUUUAUACACAUAUGACACUGAUGUGGACUUCACCUACACCUCUACCAUGCCUCAACUCUUCCCCAACAUCACACAUUGCUGUGUCAGGCAGACUCCUGUUCCCAUGGACGCCUGGAAGGUUUCUACAGACCACGUCAAUCGCCGUUUUGACCGCUCAGCUCUGUAUUUCUGUGGCUUCCCCACACUGCAACACAUCAAACACAAGUUCUAUAAGAAGAAGAGUGGAGUGAUUGUGUUUCAACAAAGCAGCAGAGGAGAAAAUGUGAUGCUAGAAAUCCUCUCCCCGAAGAGGGAGCCGGAAUGUGACGAUGUAGCCACUCUAGUGCUGGGGAAGUCUGUGUUUGUUAACUGGCCCCAUCUAGAGGAGGCUCGUAUCAUCGCAGUGUCAGAUGGCGAGACCAAGUUUUCCCUGGAAGAUCCCCCCGGCAUUCAGAAGGUAUAUGAUAGAGCCUCCUCUCCACCCCCCACGAAGGUCUCCUACCUGUCUGACAAGGAGCAGAAGGACUGGGUCAAAGAUGUCCAGGGAAUCAAUGAACAUUACAUGAGGAGGAAGGGCAUUGCGGUGAAUGAAACGGCUGUUGUUUUGUACGGUCAGUUGCUCACUGGGCGGAAAUAUAUUCCCAAAGCCAAUGGGGUGGUACACCUAGAGAAACAGUGGGCCAAACAGGCCCUGCCUUUUGCCUACCAGACUGUGGUGAAGGACAUCAAGGCAUUCGACUCGUCUUUCACUCGUUUUAAGACCUUGGAAGAGUUGUUUCCUCUUAAAUCCACUGUCUUUAUGGUGGGGAACCCUUACUAUGGUGCCAUGGGAGAGGUGCAAGAGUCCAGUGAUGUCAUCAAAGAUGGGCGGGUACGAGUGGUCUUUAAUGUGCCAUAUGAACCGCAGCUAGAGGCCUUAAUCCAAAACCAGCAUAAAUACUGUGUGAAGUACUGUCCUGGCUAUGUUCUGGCUUCUCGCCUUGGUAUCACCAGCUACCUCGUCUCUCGCUUCACGGGGAGCAUCUUCAUUGGCCGAGGUUCCAAGAACAAUCCCCAUGGGGAGCAGAAGGUCAAUGUCGGUCUGAACCUCAAGUUUAAUAAGAAGAAUGAGGAGGUGCCUGGCUACACCAAGAGAACCGAAAAGGAGUGGCUGUACUCUGCUGCAGUGGAAGAAUUACUAGCUGAAUAUUUGGACAGGUUUUCCGAGAUGUUUGACGCAGUAGCAAGGAACAGCCAUGAUGAUAUUUUCUACGAAGACGACAUCUGGCCCAGGGAGGACCAGAAUGGGGCAGAGAGGGUGGCUGAGAUCACGUCUUGGUUGAAGAGUCACCCUGUCAGCUCCAUCAGCAGGGCAUCGUGUGACCUACAGGUGCUGGCCCCAACCAUAGUGGAGAAGAUUGAAGAGGAGGUUAAUAAACUGAAGAUGAAGAAAAGCACAAAGAAAGUGCGUGUGACCGUCAAGCCUCAUCUCCUCUUCAGGCCCUUGGAGCAGCAGCAGGGCGUGGUCCCAGACCCUGAUACGGAGUACCGCCUGUUUGACCGGGUUGUCAACAUCAGGGAGAGUUUCUCUGUCCCGCUUGGUCUCAGAGGCACCAUUACAGGCAUCAAAAGAGCGGAACGUGAGGCUGAGGUGCUCUAUGAGGUGGUGUUUGAUGAAGAAUUUGCUGGAGGACUCACCAUCAGGUGUACACCAGGGCGCGGUUACCGCCUGCCACCCAGCGCCCUCAUCAACCUGUCGCAUGGAGCCAGAGUCGAGCAGGGCUACCACAAGCUCAUGGACAAUGUCAAACCUCAGCUGGCCUCCACUUCAAACCGACAGCUGGUUGGCCUGAACCACUCCCCGCGCUCACCGUUCAUACCUAUGCAGCACAACCCGAGACAGAAUAUGGCGAUGUCAGACUCCCAGGACAACAGAAAUUCUCCUUACAAGGUUCCCAGCCACAAACAGCUGACCAAGGAGUUUGGUAAUAUGUGGCAGACUUUGCAAAACUCGGGCCCUCCCCACAAACCUCCUGCCCACUGGCACAAUGAUGUAAGCAGCGGUGGCAUCAGACUGUUAAAGAGAAAUGAAAAGGCCAGCUCCCACCUCGCCUCACAGAACCCACCUGAAAAGGCCUCUGAAUUUGAAGAGCUUAUCGCCAACCUAAAGAUUUCCAAGGGCAGCCAACAGACCCAACCUCUUCCCCUUCCUCCACAGGAACCCACUAAUCAGUCAGAUGGUCCGCUUUCUCCCCAGUCCUUUGCCAUGAAGGGGACGCUCAUGCUGAAGGAGAUGCUAAAGAUUGACAGCUCUGGAACAGAAAGUUCCUCCUCACAGGACUCGGCUAACACCACUCAGCUAGCAUGUGGAGGCCAGCAGCAAAACAGGAGACGAUCCAACAAGAAACUUGCAGUGAAAAUGAAUGCCCCACAAGGUGAGCAGGCUGUUUUGACCUCCAAUCCCCCUACUGGGCCCAUCAACCCCCCCAAUGCCAUGUUGUCCAAUAUGGCAUCCGAACUGGCCCGUUGCUGUGUAGGGUUGGGCAUGGCACCACCAGAGUUCAACUACAUGCGCAACAAACAGGGUCUAGUAUGUCGGGUGAAGUUGUCCAAUGGGUUAGUGGUUCAUGGUCCUCACUGCCAGUCAGAGAACGAGGCAAAAGAGAAAGCUGCCCUCUUCGCCCUCCAAAGACUGAACUCAGUAGAGCCUUGCUUCCCUCUCACAACUCCUCUGUACUAUGGGAUGGGGCAGAUAAGACCCCACCAACUGGGAGCGAUGCCCCCUGUCUUCAAUCAGUCAAGUCUGUUGCUGCCCCCCCAAAACUAUGCCCCCACCCAUAUGUGGGGUAUGGCACUGCCCCCUCAAAAUCAGGCCCAGCCAUUCUGCGGAGGAACAGUUCCAUUCCCUGGUGCCGCCCGCCCCCAGGGAUCAACAACACUGCCCAUAGGCUCACACAACCAGUUUGUCCCAUUACAGGUGAUUAAGAAACGGAUAUCAGCCAACAAGAAUCAGGAAACUCAAGAGUUCUACAGCGCUGCCCAAACUGUCUCCAGGAACCAGUCACAAAGGCCCCAGAACCAGCCGUCUGGCCAAUCACAAGCCCAGAAUCAACUCUCUACCCAGCCACAGAGCAGCACAGUCGACCCGUCCCAAAUGCCUGCUGCCAACAACAAUCCUCCUCCGUCCAGUCACAACCCACCUGAUGCUUUUACAACAACGGCACCCCCCAAGACCCCUCCUCGGCAAAACAACCCAGCAACAGGCCACACCCCUAGUUCUGCCUCCAAGAGGAAACAUAGGAAGCUGGCUGUCAACUUUGAGGCAGCCAAAGUCACUGAGUGAUGAGUGUGUGUGUGUGCGUGCGUGCGUGCAUGCAUGCAUGCAUGCAUUUAUGUGUGCAAUAUAAUGUUUUUAAGCUGAUGUGCCAAGGCCUGCCUUGGUUUUUCAUACAUUUCAGCUAUGUCAACCAUGUCAGUCAGUCUACCCGGAUUGCCCCAAAACCAGCUUUUACAGGGCUGGAGUCAGCUUGUGUAAUAUUUAAGGCCUUUUCAAAGGUAAUUAGUAAAGCUGUUUUACUCAAUGUCCAUUUCGCUAUACUUCUGAGAUCGUCUCUGUUGAAAUGUAAGUCAGUCUAACUCACCUGAUUUGCUCUCAGAUCAUUGCCUGAAUGCGAGAAAUUGUCUUCUCCAGCCCAUCGCUGACUACUGUGUUUCCCUGGCAGCUCAGUUGAAGUUUGGUUUUAAGCUGGUUUAUUGGUGUGAAAAGGGUCUCUUAUUGACCUGGCUUUAGAAUUAAGGCGUGUGUGUUGCCUGGGACGAGUCCACAGCAACUUUGCGUCUUUUACUUCCCAACACAUUUUCUGUAAGAUACUUAACGUUGCUUGAAUAUUUGAACUAUUAAGUGUACUACAGAGAAUAGUUGCCGUGCAGAACCAUAUUCAGAAAUAAUCUGUUUGGGUAUGUUUUUUUUUGUUUUUUUUGGUUUCAUUCUUAAUUGAAUUCCACUGUUUUGAGAAUCUAUAUCUGAAAAAGCCUUACUUUAAACUUGUGCAAAGUAUGUGGAGAUGUUAACAUUUAAAGAGAAAGAGGUGUUUUCAUUCAAACUUGCACUUCCCAGUUGUACACUUUGUAGACUUGGCUCUCAAACAGCGGAUCUUAAUUGAGAAUGGAAAACUACUCACCCAGAUUGAUGCUGAAUCUGGUUUACGGGGAUGUAGGCUGGCAGUGGUGGAGCUGCUGUGCUGCCAUUCAUAUUCAACAAUUCACAAAACAAAUGCUCAAUUAUUAUGAAACUUGACCUUAAUUGUGAAUCCCUUGUUAGCUAUGGAUUUUGCAGUACAUACAAGGGAAAACCACAGCUCUGCUGCUGACCAAUACUUGUGCUGAAAUAGACAAGGAUAGAAUGAAAAUUAAGAUUUUUGCUUUGUUAAGGUUGAUGACCCAGGUUGGACCAUGUGAUUGUUGGCCCGACGUUGUGGGGGGAAACGGAUGUCAUCUAUCAUUUACAUAUUGCUCUCUUUUUAUUGCAGACUAAAAGGUCUGAAUGUCCGGGGAAUAUUUUCAGUUAACACUAUUUGCAUUUGUUAGGACAUUUGUCUUAAUCAGGGCCAAACCUAUCUUUACAACUAUAUUUGUUCAAUACAGUCCACUGGAUGGGUCAUAAUGCUGACCAUCCACCAAACUUGCCACAGACCUCACCUAAUAUCGCCACCUUAAGGGCAGACACACUUUCAUACACUGCCCGUAGAUGGAGCCAUUGCCUUUGAGAGAUGGAAACAUUUCAGGCUUGGCCAGAAAAUUGAGCUAAGAAAGUUGAUACAUGUUGGGAUGUCUUUCCUUCUGAUAAACAUGCCGGAGAGUUAUUUCAGAAGAUGUGAAACCUGUUGGCUGUAGCAAGCUAACUGUAGAGAACAGCUGGAUGCAGGUCUUUUGGACAACCCUUCAGACUUUAAUAUACUUGUUGAUUCUCAGUGUUGUCUAGAAGCCUCAUGGUUGAAGCCACCUAUCAAACAUCAGCCCAUUUACUAGGCAGUAUCUACUUUUUUACUUUUUCCCCAAAUACCUAAAAGUACUUUCUAACAUAGCCGCCCUUGCACCUUCUGAUCUAAUAUCUUGGUCCUUUAUUGUUUUCCUAUAGUUUUCUUUGUUUAUGCACAAUAAAAGGUUGCGAUAUCCAGGAGGUGUUUUCCAUUAAAAAGGAAAAAAAAGAAAAGCAUUAUGGCCCAAAUUUCCCUUAAUUCAGGACCAAAUAUAUAUUUUAUAUAUAUUUUAUAUUUUUAGUUUUGUCCCUUAAGGCAAGUCCAAAUGCUGACCAUCCAGCAAAUCAUUAAAACCAUCCAUCCAUCAAAGCCACCCGACCUUUUAGUCUGCAAUUUUUUUUAUUUUUUUUAGCAGGUCUAUCUUUACAACUAAAAUUGUUUCAUAACCUGUAACCACCUGGCUAACUUUGUUGUUCUGCUUAUUGAAAUACCUUGUUAGGGUUGAGUUCAUCAUGUCAUCAGAUGGUCAUAUCGACCAUAUUCGUUCCAGAGAUUUAUGAUGCUGUGCUGCACUGUUCUUAUGGCUUUUUAUCAGGCAGGGCCUUUAAAGUUAAUAGUUUAACCCCUCACAUGCAUUGCAGAAUUAUGUGGAGACAUAUAUACACACAAACAGGAAAAAAUAAUAAUUAGACUUGAACACAAACACAUAAACAUAUCGUAUUUCCAAAAGACAUCCAGCACAUAAUAUACAUACACCAGCACAUCACGAGACUUUUUUCGCUGGCAAAAGCAAGGAGUCUUCUGAUUUUCUAGACUUUGUCAGUAUGUCCUUUUUAAUAUUUGAAGUCUGAAACCAUUCUUACAUGAUUUAUGGACCUAAACAAACCUUUAUACUGCCAGUAUCAGAUUUUCCAAUUCAACCCAUGUCAGAGUUAAAUAUUUCUGCUGAGACCAAGUAGAAUGUGAUUGGUUUUAAUGUGUUUCAGAUCUCCAAUUAUCCCUAAUUUUUGUUUUCUGGACCUUUUUUUUUUCUUUCCAAAACUCUUCUUUAUGAAUUAUAACAGUGUCUCCCCGCCUGCCGCCCAGUGACUGUUGGGAUAGGCUCCACCGUCCCUGCGGCCCUGAGAGCAGUGUUAAUUAAGAUGACCCAUUAAUGAAAUUGUAUUUUUUAAAUAAGUGCAUCCCCCUCAGCAUAGCAACAUGAUGAUAAAACAUGACUUAAUUGACAGUUCAUUUUCUUCAAUACGAAAAAAAAAACAAGACACGACAUUUUCGUUAUGAUUAUGAUCCAUCCUGAACAAUCAUAUGUUUAAGGUGCAUCGUACCUUACAUUUUUGUGUUGUGAAGUUCUGUGUUCAAAACUCAAAGCAAUGCUAUCAGCUCAUGGUGUGUUUUCAUUACACGGGUUCAAAAUAUGUUCUUUAAAAUUGGCAAACUCUUUCACAACACAGUUGACAUGUCGUAGCUUAAAAACAGAUACAGAUAUGCAAACAAGUCAUUUAGAUUGUGCUGAAGACAGAUUUUUCCUUCAGUGGUCACAGAGCAUCUCGGACGGACCGGUUCAUAUUAAUGUCACUCUAGUUUGCCAACGUCAUAGCUGGAUUUAUGGCCUAAAGUGACAGUACAGUUAUCCAGAGUACAUCACUUAAAAACAGAGUGAGUCGUCACUCUUCAAGUACUUCCCCAUACAAAUCACUUCUUUUUGUUCCUGUGUAAAUGCAACCAAUUGGGAUCUUAAUUAAUGCCAAAGUAUAAGAACUUAGUGGCACUUGUUGGUUAAACCGAGGCACCAACACCGAAAGUAGUCUGGGAUUUAUUUCCCAGUGGAAAUACCCACACAGAAUGUGGCUAAUCCCUGAGCUCAGGUCUACUCCCGUUGUACUGUCAUGCUAACUGGCCACCGGAUAUGCUGGGUUUUGAGCACGCCUCAUGCGCGAACACAUCUAUUUUAUUGUUUUUGUUUUUUUUUAAUCAAAGAAUUUUAUGGCUACCAUUUUUUGUAAAUAUUUAGGUUAUUUCUUAGCGGUUUGCGUAAAUAUUGCCUGAAUAAAUGUAAUGAAGUUACACCGAGGUGAAAGAUGAGGUCUGAUGACGCCCGAGAUCUGGGACUUUAUUUUGAUUUUAAACACAUCUUCUAUGUCUGUUUUUAUUUAAAGAAGAAAAGUACUUUUAAAAAAUCAACGUGAUAAAGAUUUGCUGUGUUCUUUAAGGGACUGUGCUGUACAUAAUCCAUUUAAUAAAAUGAG